GUGUAUAUGUUGCCAAGGAACUGUGAGUCGGGAAGUGCACCAAAAAGGCUUCAUUUAUUGUCAUUUUUCUCAAAUUUGACGCUUCAAAACACUUCGAAAUCAUGGCAUUAUAUAUAUAAGGAGUUGUGAAAUAUGUUGUAUUUCGGUAGUUUGUUUUUAGAGGGUAAGAUGUCAACUACGCACAAGUAAAUCACAAAUGAAGGAUGUCAUACUGUGAUUGAGUGUGUCAGUGGGAUUGAGUUGAGUACUUAGCAAGUCACGGCAGAUUAAAGCAGCACUCCAGUUUAUCAAUGGCAGAGACGCAGGCAAGGCCCCUGCGGGUUGUUCCGUCUGGCAAGAUUUAUCGACAAAUAUUUGAUGCUGAGGUCCAACUGGUAAAUACCCUGGAGAAGACCAAGCAGAAUGUCAAACCGGUUGAAUUAAAGACGGCCUUGAUACCGCUGGUCCACGAAGGUCGGACUUCGAUGGGAGAAAGCCUACUGACCAACCGACAGAUUGAAUGGAUCGAGAGCAUGCCCAAUGACUACAAAACCGAAAAUCCAGUUUUGUACAAGAAAGCAAAGGAGGAGCAAAUUGCAGCAGCUACAGAGCCUGUGUCGGUGGUAGCAGCCAGAGAAGUCAGGGGCCUGGCAGACUACGUGGAGGCGGAGAAGACUGGUUCUGAUAUUAUUGAGAGGAUAGCUGAGAGCCGACGUCUGAGGCACGAGGCGGCCGUAGAGGAUCUUCACCAAGAUAUGACAGUCAUUGCUAAUGAUCUUGAACCCAAGAUAGCUGAUGCUGGAAGCGAACUCAUUAACAAAUUGCAGGAAAAUGAUAAAGAAAUUGACAAGAUGCUGGCAAGAAUUGCACAAGAUGAUGAUCUGAGGGACUACAGCCUUCAUGAACUCAAUGAGUUGUGGAAUCUUAUCGGUAGUCAGUCCGUUAGUCGGAGGCAGUGGAUUGUGGAACUAGACGACACGCUGGACGGGUUUGAGACACAGAGGCUACAGAGGAUCCAAGAUGUCCUGAAGUCCUACGCCAAGAACAUGGAGAAGAUCGCCUUCCUCAUGCCGCCAGACGUGCAGCGCCUGAUCAGCAAGGAAGCGCAGGUCAUCAACCAGACCAUUCUCAACAACCGUCGGGCCUACGCGGACCUGAACACCAGACUAAUGAAGACGGACGUGGAGAGAGAUAAGAACCACCAUCGCGUCUGGGAGACCAGGGUGGCAGACUGGAAGCAGCUGAACACUGACGUUGCUGUCGACAAGUUCACGUUAUUCAUGCAGAGCGAGGAUGUCAAGAAUCCCUGCAGGAUCGGAUUUCUCCUGGAUGAGCUGAAGGCGGAACAAAAGAUCUUCAACAGCAAGAGGCUGGACCUGCUCCAGGCACUCAGGGAAAUGAAGCCACCUGGAUCCACCAAGACAGCCGUGUAUGAAUGGAACAAGCAGCUGGCUACGGCCAACCAACAGCUGGAACAGCUACACAUCAAGUACCUGGGCAAACUGCACAAGGAGUAUGAGAGAGUGUGUCAGGAUUGCCUGGAUCAGGUGGACAAAUACAGGGAGGAGCUCCUUGAGGCAGGGGUGUGCACGGAGGAGAAGGUACAGGAGGUGAUCGAGGAGCACUGCCUGCCGCAGGUGGGCAACCAACAGAGGAUCUUUGAGAACACACUGGAAACUAUUGAUAAAUCUCUGGAGCAGUUAGCUGACAAGCACAGCGAGCAGUUGCGGUCUCUCUUCAAGUUUUCCCAGGGGGCGGCCCAUCUGUGGGACGUGCAUGAGAUCGGCCUCGCCAAGAAAGAACGGGACUUACAGGAGAGACUGGAAGACUGCAGACAUGAACAUGAUAAUCAGAACCAGGAUAUGGAAGCAAAUCUUGACAUCAUCAUGGACAGACUGAGGCAAGAAAGCAGUGAGGAAACGUUGAAGGACCGUCUGCAAAAAGCACUGCUCAUGCUAGAUAAGAUCAAAACAAGCUAUGAGCAGUUCCACAAGGACCAGAUGCGAAUUGUGAAGGAUUAUCCAGAUAUGGUCAAGGAGGAGCUACGGGGAUACGACGUGGCAGUCUGCACGUUCUUUGAAGUCGACAGGCUGCAUCCAACGGAACGGCAACAACUGAUAGAGCAAGAGUUGAAUGAGGAGGCCAAAUCCCGGGGCAAGAAACACCUCAAGAAGAAGACGCAUCGCAGCGCGACGCCAGCCGGGGAGCUGACUGCUCCGCCUGACAGUAGGGUGUCCUCCUCAAGAUCCGUGACUGGCAGCAUUAGUCAGGCCAAGAUGAAAUGGAAAAAGGCAUUUCCUAAAAGGAGUUACCCAGGCGAUUCGGCCAUCAGCCAGAGCCCCGUCCCGAUGGCCGUGAAGGAAGUCCUGUCCACCAACGCCGGCACCACCUUCUAUGUGCUGACCGUUGCCGGGGAGCAUGGGAUAUCGGAGGAGGAUUCUGGGAAGGAUCAGGACGGAGGAGGAGCGACGUUUCUGACGGAGAGUGAUGCAGCGGAGCGGGAGGCCGUUGCAGCCUACACGGAGAACGUCUUGAUCCCUGAGGAGCUGUUCAAAGAACUGCGGAAAAUAAUGCGUCUAGAGUUUCUGAACCAUCUGGAGAUGUGGUCUGUGGAGGCGGUGGAAAGAGCCAACAGUGUGGUAGCAGCCAAGAAUGAGGAGUUGAACAGCGAGUUGGAUCUCCGCCUUCACCUGCAUGGUCCGCGAUCCAAGCGUGCUGAGCUGGACAUCCACCACGUCCGUGCCGCCGAGCUGGUCCUCCACCAGGAACGCGUCUCACGCCACUCCAAAGGCAUCAACGGCGCCCUCAAUGACGUCAAGUCCCGAUUUGCCGAGAUGCAGCACGAGCACAACCGACUGGCCGAGAAGUUCCGGGACGAGAUUGACGCAUUGGAGGAGGUGUUUGUCAACGCUAGCAAGUCGGCCACUCUUGUAGCCUUGUCACAUCAGGUCAGCACCAAGGUAGAGACUCACAUGGAUGUCAUCCGUGUCUCACUCAGGCAGUUCCGUCAGUACCUGGAUGACACGCUGCAGAUGCUGAGAGAAUCCAACGCUAGAUUCAUCAAGUCAUUCAAACUGUUCUCUGACGGUGGCAACUUCUCCCCUGAGGAGAUCGACUCCUACAAGAAGAAGCUGGAGAAACUGGCCAUCAAGAUAGACUCGGCUGAGGGCUUCGUCAUGGCUGACCUUGAAGGCAUGGAGGCGAGGAGAUUGGAACAGGCGCUGGACAUUGCUAACAAAUUUGAAGACAGGUUCAAGCACCACCUGUUUGACCUGACCUUCAUCGAGAAGCUGACCCGCUGGCUGACCAACACCCAGGUCAAGAUCAAGUCGGAGGUCGCCGAGAGUAACGCCCAGGCCCAGGCCCUCAUGCAUCACCUCAACGUGCUGGAGAGACGCGUGGACGCCUGCGAGAAACCUAACCUGGAUAAAGAGCAAAUCACGCCCACCCAGCUACUGGACAGUCUCAAGCUGGUCUUCCAGGCCUUUGAUGAUCGCAGCAAGUACAUCAACUGCCUCCGUCAUCCGACCUUCCUCAUAGACUCCCCGGCCAAGAAAUCGGGCCUGCCCAGCCAGAGCGCCAAGGUGGCCUUUACUGGAGAGGAGAAACCACCAACACAACAGACGGGUCAAGGGUCAACGGCCCUGACAACCACGGUUACAUUGACGACGCUGAAGGCCGCCAAACCUCAAAUUGAGGACUCAGCUGUGUCGCUCAUUAAGAACAUACUGACGUCCCAAAAGAUGAAAGUGAAGCUGAGCGGGGAGGGCGACACACUGGCCGACGCACCCCACACCCCAGGGGUGAUCAGACCCCCAGGCACACAGUCCACCAUACAGACAGAGGAGGCCAAGGCCCGGGGCCUGGGGCGGGGUGGCCUGCAGGUCAAGAGCCUAGCAGACAAGGACCGAAUGAAGCCGGCCAGGAAGGGCAUGGGGCAGGGUGUGGAGAGCGGUAAUCCUAGGAGAAGUGCCUCAGGGGUACAGCGUAAUAAACACAGCCACCUCAAAUUUGAUCCAAAAUAUUACGUCUUUGGAGAUAGACCAGAGCGAGAAACGCACUUCCUAGCGCAGAUAAGACGUAUCUUGCAGGACGCAUUGGAAGGACUGCUGAUGACUGCGGAUCUGUACUACCGUCAGAAGGGAUUGCGGCCACCGACCAGACCACAAGCCAUACAUGAGACCUUUGAGCUGUGUGCAGACGUAGUGGUUGCUAAGUUACAGUCCUACUUCAUCCAAGCUGAGGAGUAUCAUAAUCAGUGUCUGCAAGAAUUCCGAGAGCAGCUUGAACGCCUUGAGAUCUACAACGGCAGAGUACCACCGCUCGUGAUCCGAGAGAUACUAGACAAGCAUCUCAAGAUAUCUGAGACCUCGCUGUACAAGGUGUCUGAGGGAUUCAAGAAGAACAUGGGCAGAUGGGACAAAGAAAGGUCCGAGCAUAAGAUCUUACUGCGCCCCACCCUGGGCCAUCCCCACAACCGCAACCAACUGGAGUCACUGUGUGAGAACGAAGACACAAGGAGGAAGGAUUACAUCAACGGUGUGGAGGCUAACACACAGAACCUGAAGGACUCGGCCAAGUCUCUGGGUUCAGAUUUUGUCCAGGAGCUUGCCAGUACAUCAGAGAGACUGCUGUUGAUGUUUGACUCACUACUGACCGUCGAUGAGGUGGAAGUAGGACGUGUUGAUCCUAAACGUCUCAAGACGAGCGCCCUGAUUCGCCGCAAGAAAGCCGGCCUGCCAUUGGAGGACAACGAGUACGUGCCGCUCAUCAAGCGGGGCAGUCGCCAGUGGGCCGGGAUACCGACUGACCAGCUGAACGAGGAGAAACAACGGCCGGUCAAGCCUCAGCUGACCGCUGCAGUGACCACCGGGAAGACCACGCUGGCCCACCAGGCUCUGGUGGAUGCUAGGGAUGACGUCUUCAAGGACUACCUGACAGCAUUUGACAAGAACCUAGCCGACAUCGACUGUCAGCAAGAGGAGCAACUAACGGCCGAGAAGCGAUGGUCAGAGAGCUGGCAGAGGUCGGUCAAGAAAGUCAAAGACUUGUAUUAAUAUAGACAAUUGAGGAAAGUAUCGAAUCCUGUACAGUUGAUAGAAUAUUGUAAAUAACAUCCGGCAAAAGAUGAACCUGUUGUAGCAUCUAUAAUCAGGUGGUCAGGUGACUAUAGUCAGGUGUCCGACGACCACAUGAUCAUUAAUGGUUGCAUGAUACAUCCAGUGUACACAUGUAUGGUUACUCAAAAAGUGGCCAGUCAGAUGUCUUUUCAAAUGUCUCAGUCAGGUGACUAGUCAGGUGUCUGAUCAGAUGUCUGAUCAGGUGACUGGUCAGCGGUUUUGUCAGGAGGCGGUUCUUCUGCAUCCCAAAUAGACCAUUAUCAUGUUGCGGCCAUCAUGAUGUUUUCCCAUUCAAAUCAACGUAACCAAAGCGAGGCUGGAAGGAAAAAUAGUCUGGUUCCUUUUUGCAAAAAGAGCAUUAUCAUUCAGCACUGUUAUUGGAUACAGGGAGCAUGACUAAAAUGGUGGCAGCAUGAUAAAGGUAUAGCCUUAACUCUCACAGCAUUUUGAAAGCACUGUGCAUUUCCAUAUUGACGCUCUGAGCCCGUCUUCUCAAACUGGAGCAGAUGCUAAGGUUUAAUCAUUUGUACAUACAGUCAUUCAAAGCAUACCAAUCUGGGGAUUGUAAAGCGGCAUUCGCUUAAUGGGCAUUUUUUUUACCAAUUGAGUCUAAUUGAGUCAUUUGGAUGAGAAAAUUGUACCAAUUUAGAAAUUCAUUAAAAAAUUAUUUCAAAUCUGAACCAGUAUGAUUAAAUUGUUCAGCUUGUACCUACUACCCAAUCCAAGGGCUCCGAUGACCGUUUUUUCUUCCAGAAAAUGCAGAUGUUGCAAAGCAUUACACUUGGUUGCUUGCGAUGAUCAAUACAUUUAUAUUCUACAUGUAUGUGCAUAGUUCCUGCGCACAUGGAAGUGUUAACCCAAAGACACCAAGUAAACAAAACCAUCCGAUGAGAGCGCUACCGAAGUAAGAGUACAUUAUAACACCUGACCGACAGAUUCUGUAUCUUGAUUGGCUGAGAGUGAGUCACAUGGCAUUUGCUAUUUUAACUAUCUUGCUGUGCACGGCCAAAAAGACUACACAUCUGCCGCGGCCUGAAAAAGCACUAAAAACAGAAACCAAAGUAACAAGAGUUCAGUGUCAAUGAAUUUCAUAUUGAAAUACAAGAACAUUUUUAAUUUGAUUUUGGUUGAGUUUAUCAGUUACCACUU